CGCUGGAGAAACAUGUAACGGUGCAAGGUACGCCGCACCUUCCCUCCACAGCCCUAACAGAGACUCAAUUCACAAAAAAAACAGACCAACUUCCUUCAGUCAUAUUGAGACACAGGGUGACCGGGGUGGUGGGGAAAGGCCGUGUCCCCCCAUCCUGAUCAAGUCCCCCAACCAUGGACAAACAGGGCCCCGUCAGCCCAGGCAAAUCAAGUGGGCUAAAGCCUCCCACGAAAAUAGCCCGUCCAUCCGCAGUACCAACUAAGACUUCCCCGUCAUCUGGUGCUUCAAAGCCAGUUCCUCCUGAAAAGUCCUCGUCAGGUGUGACCUCUCCAACACAAGAUGUCCACACAGACUUUAAGGUCGGCGACAGAGUCUGGGUGAACGGCAGCAAGCCCGGCUACGUUCAGUUUGUCGGCGGCACGCAGUUUGCUCCCGGACAGUGGGCGGGCAUCGUCCUGGACGAGUCCAUCGGAAAGAACGACGGGUCGGUAGCGGGCGUGCGCUACUUCCAGUGUGAGAAUGGGCGGGGCAUUUUCACACGAUCUUCCAAGCUGUCCAGGACGCCAAUGCCAGAGAAGGAGGCCAACGGAAGGCAGGCCAGCCCGGUACAAGCAGCCCACGCAGCAAGCAAGGCUACACCGGCUGUCGCUGCCCCUAGUGCUCCAGUCACCGGUGUAAAGGCCAGUGGUGUCCUGAACCGUACGGUUAAUUCCACCGAGUCUGUGUCCAAUCUGUCUGACCCCGACUCUCUGAAGAAGGUCAGACAGGAGCUGAGGCUGGGAGACCGCGUUUUGGUUGGUGGAACAAAAGCGGGAGUGGUGCGGUUUCUAGGAGAAACAGACUUCGCAAAGGGAGAGUGGUGUGGCGUGGAGCUGGACGAACCUCUGGGCAAGAAUGACGGAGCUGUAGCUGGGGCCAGGUAUUUUCAGUGCUUGCCCAGGUACGGCCUGUUUGCUCCCGUCCACAAGGUGACACGGAUCGGCUUCCCCUGCACCACGCCCACCAAGGUGAAGAACUCCCUCAGGAGUUCCACUUUCAAGAGGAGUCCGAGCGCGUCCUCCCUCAGCUCCCUCAGCUCGGCCACCUCCUCCAUCAGCGGCAAGCCCAGCCGGGCGGGACUGCUGACAGAAACAUCUGUGCGGUACGCUCGCAAGAUUUCCAGCACCACGGCGCUGCAGGAGGCGCUGAAGGAGAAGCAGCAGCACAUUGAACAGCUGCUGGCAGAGAGGGACCUGGAGAGGUGCGAGGUCGCCAAGGCGACCAGCCGCGCCGGAGAGGUGGUGCAGGAGCUGGCAAUGCUGAGGAAAGGGCGGGAUCAGUACGCACUGGAGAUGGAGGCCAAGCUGGAUCAGUUGCGUUCUAUGGUGGAGGCCGCUGAUCGAGACAAGGUGGAGCUACUCAACCAACUAGAAGAGGAGAAGAGGAAAGUGGAAGACCUGCAGUUUCGCGUAGAGGAGGCAUGCAUCACCAAAGGAGACCUGGAGACGCAGACCAGGCUGGAGCAUGCCCACAUAAAGGAUCUUGAGCAGAGCCUGCUCUUUGAAAAGACCAAAGCUGAAAAACUCCAGAGGGAUUUAGAGGACACUCGGGUUGCCACAGUGUCUGAGCGUUCCAGGAUCAUGGAGCUGGAGAGGGAGGUGGCGGACUUCAAGCUCCGACUGCGGGCGUCCCAGCAGAAGGAGGACGCCGUGUCUCUGUCACAGCAGCAGAUUGGCAGCCUCAACACCCAGGUUAAGUGCCAGGAGAAGCAGAUCAGUGAGCUGAGCGUCGACCUGGAGCGCAAACAGAAGGAGCUUCAGUCUGCGCUGCAAGACAGGACGUCUUUACAGCAGCAGCUGUCCAGUCUGAGAUGCAAGCUGGAGGUUGCUGAGGAGGAGAACAGGGCCAUAGCAAGGACCAUGAAAGAGCUGGAGAAUACCGUGGAGCAGUCAAAGAAGGUCCUCCAAAGCCAAAGCAGAGAAGUGGAGCUGAGGUCCCAGCUGACAAAGACGACGGAGAAGCUGGACAGAACGAACGUGUCCUUAGUGCAGAUGACUAUAGAGAAGAAAGCUCUGGAGUCGCAGCUCGACACUUUGAAACAGCAGAACUCCAAAUACCAGGAGGAGCUGAGCCUGUCGAAGGAGCGCAGCAGCGCCGAGAGCCUGCGGAUUGGCAUCCUCUGCAAGGAAAUUAAGGAGCUGAAGCUGGCCUCCCAGAAGUCUCAGCGCCUGGACGAGCGCAACACAGACCACAACGGUCAACAGCCAGACAUGAAGACCAGAGAAGCUCUUUCAAAUCAAGACAAGAAGGGAGAUCCGGAUCUUCAGAAAUCCACGGGAGCUUUAAUCUCAGACAAAGACAGAGAACUGGAAACUCUGAGGAACGAGAUUGCCGUGCUGCGCGGAGAGAGCGCCAUGGCCAAGACGCUGCAGUCGGCUGUGGAGACGUUGGAGAAGGACAAAGCUCAGCUGCAGAGUCGAGUUUGCACUCUAGAGCAAAGGCUGAUGGGAAGCCAGACCUCAGACGCUGAGGGCCAGGAGGCUCUCCCAUCAGGCGAUCCUGUCGUGCAGCAGCUGAGAGAAGAAAAAGAGUUCGCUGAGGGACAGAUCAACUUCCUGAACAGUGUGAUCGUGGACCUGCAGAGGAAGAACGAGGAGCUGAAGGUCAAGUUGAAGAAGCUGGUCCUGUCGGAGUUCAAUGGAAACGAUGGCACAGACGGGCUUGAGGAAGCGGUACCAAAGCGUAAAAAGAAGUCGGCUCCUCGUCUGUUCUGCGACAUCUGCGACUGCUUCGACCUCCACGACACGGAGGACUGUCCCACGCAGGCGCAGAGCCCCGACUCCAUACCUCACACCGCCUACCACGGCAACCCGGCCGACGAGCGGCCCUACUGCGACAUCUGCGAGGUCUUCGGCCACGCCACCGAGUCGUGUAACGAUGACCAGACCUUCUGAGGCGCGCCGCCCUCCCGCUCCGUCGCCUGAUGCAUUUCUUACGCUCCUGCUCUAAUAAAUCCCUCAGAUUAUUUCCAUAAUGUAUUUUUAUACUGUGUUGAUGCGUAGAGCUGCGAUCGACUCUCCUAACGUAACUUGCUCCUCUGAAAGACGGGGUUCUGAUUGCGAUGCAGAAUGCUCGUCCAAAUACGCUUCGUCGGUGCAAUAUUGAUGUUUUUAUCAAAUGAAAUUAGCUUUCUGCACUCGUGGUUUUUUUUUUACGUUUAGACGUUUUUGUUUUUUUUACUAAGUGAAAGUGAUUUUCCACGUGUCGUUUUUAGGCUUUUGUUUUCGGCAACAAGGUGAUGCAACUUAAUGAAGCUCAGUUGAAACUGAAGGGAAACAAAGGUCUGCACUGUUUUCGUUAACUAAUCAGCAGCACUGCCGCAUGACGCGUAAAAUAAGUGAUUUAUGCUCGGUUUUAUUAGUUAACGUCUUUGUCCGGUUUGAGGGUGAGUCAAUCUGUAAUAAACAGGAUACUUAAGAGCGCAUAAAACACUCCUUAAAACACGUGAGAAAAAACUUUUAUAUAAAAAUAUAUAUAUAUAACAAUAUGAUAAAGUUGAAAUGUGGAUAUUUUGUUUCUAGAGAGCAGCAAUAAUUCAGUGUGAAAAUCUUAAAUAGGAAUAUCUCAUUUUGCAUACAAGAAGACAAUAAUUGGAGCACAAAGGGAAAGUCGCCAACAUUUAUGGAGAAGAGGAAACAAGAUUCAUAAAUUCAUAAGCUGCUGUCAAUUUGGAGGAAUAUCCUUUCGUCUUCUGCACCUUUUGCUUCAUUGUAACCACAAACUUUAAUGUUCUUUAGCGAACCUCUGGCCCUCAGCUUUAUUUAUGCUGAGGCUCAGAAACACAAAUUUUUGUAUCAGAGAAUCUCUUGGACUGGGUUUUAUUUUGGGGCGUCGGAGCGAUUGAGGUUGAGUACAAAACACAAAACUAUUUAUAAAAAUUGGCCUUUUUACAUCUAAACACAAUUUGCUGCAUUUUAUUCUGGGGCAUUAAAGUGAAGAGAUUUGAAUAAAAAUAUAGAUUACUACUUGUUAAUAAAAAACGUCGGUUUUCGUUCCGGACCCUUUUUUUGUUUUUGCUCAAUUUCAUGAAAUCCCAAUAAAAUAUGAUAAGAUUUAUGAUUAUGAUGUUAGAACAUGUGAGAAAUAUGAAUUAAUUUGCAAGACAUCAGCUCACAAAUCAGGCUUUCUAAUGAUGCUCAUCUUGAAACAUUUUCUUAUUCUGGAAAUAUUACAACUUUAUGCGCUAAAUAAACCAUCACAGCAGUUUUUGAUCAAAAUAUCCUCUAUAUAUCCUCUGAGCACAGAUUUAUUAUUUAACCUUUUUUAUUUUUGAAGCUAUGACUUAUUACGAUUUAAAUUAUAUAUUUUUUUAUUAACGGUUGCGUAUUUCUUUUGCGAUGUUACACCGUGUUUAUGAAAACAUACCAACGUUUUAAAACACUUGUAGUUUGACCGAUGUUGACACUGAAUGGUACCUGAUGGAAACGAUGGGUGAUGUUCUGUAGAAAGUAGAUGCAUUUGGGAGGGGAAAAAAAACCUAGAAGACGACGCGACAAAAAAAAAUUAAAAUUCGGGAAAUGGAUCCAAAAUGAAAAUAAGAAGCUUGUGUUUGGCUAUUUUCCAUCAUUACAUCGUGGGAUUUACAGCUGUUCUAGUUGUUGGUAUGAAUUUUUUUUUAUGCUUUACUUUUCUGCGACAGCUUUACGGGGAACUUUUUGUCGGAGCUUGCUUUAAGGUCAAGAUUUCAACCCUCUAGUCCGACACGCGUCUCCUCCUCAGUUUCUUGUCUUCUAAGUCAGGGAUGAACAUAUCUGCGUUUUGGCCUUGCUGUGCGUUGCCGGUGAAAGCGACAGGCGGUUUGAUGAAGUUACGUUUUGUUAUUUGUCUCCUGAUGUUUUGAAAGCCAGCGACCGCUCUUACAGGGAAAUAAGCUAGCACUGAUGAAGUUUAACGCCUGUAGUAGGACUACUGUAGUACAGGAGACUGAUGUGGCGUCCACCCUGGUAUUGCACUCUCCACUUUAAAGAUUUGGUGUUUAAGCAGGCUGUGGUCUGCAGUUGUGACAUUUUUUGUUUUUGUUUUUGGGAAUACUGUUCUCCAAAGCUAAGAGUUGACAUUUUGGUUGUAACGCUUAUUCACUUUCAGAACUGGAAGAAAAAAGACAUUCCGUUCUUCCUAUUGUGAUUAGUAAAUUUUCUUAUUUUGACCUUUUCCUUGAGGCUAUAAUAUGUAACUUAAAAUAUAUAAAUCUGUUUUUUACAUGUUUGUGUGACCAGUGGACUUCUGCGUUGUGUGUGUGUGGUGAUCGGACAAAGCACACAUACCACACAGUCGCUAUGUUCUGACUGUAUGGUAUGAGACAGUUAAUCUGCCAUCUCCUCCAACUUUUUUCUAAGCUAUUGUAGCGAUCUGCAAAAAUGCACAGCUCUUAUUACGCUUAAAGACUAGUGGAACACUUAGCCUUUUUUUUCUCCUAAGCAUACUUUUGUCUUUUUUUAAACUUUGUGUUAUGCCAUGUUUUUAUUCAUUUUCCAGCUGUAAAUAUUGGUGUCAUAAACAAGCUUUAGCUUUGGAGCUCAAUAUUCACUCUGUGCUCUCGCUGAGCUAAGCCAACAAGCUGCCAGCUUGAGCUUUUUGUUGAAGGCUAAACGUGAACAGGCAGAUUUUCUAAAGUGGAAUUUAAUUUCCUUAAAUUAAACUCCUGUAGCAACCACCUUUGGACAUGUUUUGUUCUAAAGCACAAAUUUUUGGAUCAUAUUGAAUCUUCCCGGGUAAAAGUGAUGCAACGAACUGUUGGCACUAGUCUCUGUAAAUACCGAUCAGAGGUCUCCUUCUGACGCAUGUGUACACGGUGCCAUAAAACAGAAACACAGCUUUUAACGUGUGCUGCAUUUUUAUUUUUCUCCCAGUUAAAAAGACUGAAAGUUUAGAGGUUUACACUCCCAGUGGGAAAACGCUUUGCAGGAAACUUUAUGCGUUGUGUACUUUUCAAGUGACGACUCUAAUUGUUGGUGUAAUGUUUUAUAUAUGUAACAUCUGCACAGACAAGUAUUUUACAGACGUGGAUAUGAUGUAAUAUGUCACUGUUUUCUAUGUACUGUAUAUUCCUGAACGGUCCAAUAGAAAUUCUACGACAGGUU